AUGCCUAUUCGCUCUUUCUGUCAGACCAGCACUCAAGUAGAGAGUGCCACACUUCCAGGUGAGGGUGGUGGAACAAAGGGUGAACAUUGCAGAGAACAACAGAGAAGUCAAAGAGCGCGGAUAGGCACGGUUAGACGGCCCAUCCCUAAUCUAUCCAACAAGGAUGGAGAACGCACACGCCAAGUUGCCAGCUGAAUGCUUGGCCUACUUUGGAGUGAAUGAGAACACUGGUCUCUCUCCUGAUCAGUUCAAGAAGAACCUGGAGAAGUAUGGCUUCAAUGAGCUGCCCGCUGAGGAGGGUAAGAGCAUCUGGGAGCUGAUUGUGGAGCAGUUUGAGGACUUGCUCGUCAGAAUCCUGCUGCUCGCUGCCUGCAUCUCCUUUGUUCUGGCCUGGUUUGAGGAGGGCGAGGAGACCGUCACUGCCUUUGUUGAACCCUUUGUCAUCCUUCUUAUCCUCAUCGCCAAUGCCGUGGUUGGAGUGUGGCAGGAGCGUAAUGCUGAGAGUGCCAUCGAGGCUCUUAAGGAGUAUGAGCCUGAGAUGGGCAAAGUUUAUCGUUCUGACAGAAAGAGCGUGCAGAGGAUCAAGGCCAGAGAGAUUGUCCCCGGAGACAUUGUGGAGGUGUCCGUUGGUGACAAAGUCCCCGCUGACAUCAGAAUUGUUUCCAUCAAGUCCACCACCCUUCGUGUCGAUCAGUCCAUCCUUACUGGUGAGUCUGUCAGUGUGAUCAAGCACACUGAGGCUGUCCCCGACCUCAGGGCUGUCAACCAGGACAAGAAGAACAUGCUUUUCUCUGGCACCAACAUUGCUGCUGGCAAAGCCAUCGGUGUGGCUGUUGCUACUGGUGUGUCCACUGAGAUUGGUAAAAUCCGUGACCAGAUGGCUGCCACUGAGCCCGAGAAGACCCCCCUGCAGCAGAAGCUGGAUGAGUUUGGCGAGCAGCUGUCCAAGGUUAUCUCCCUGAUCUGUGUGGCUGUGUGGGCCAUCAACAUCGGACACUUUAACGACCCCGUGCAUGGCGGCUCCUGGAUCCGUGGUGCUGUCUACUACUUCAAGAUCGCUGUUGCUCUGGCUGUGGCUGCCAUCCCUGAGGGUCUGCCCGCUGUCAUCACUACCUGCCUGGCUCUUGGUACCCGCCGUAUGGCCAAGAAGAAUGCCAUUGUCAGAAGCCUGCCAUCUGUGGAGACCCUCGGCUGCACCUCUGUCAUCUGCUCUGACAAGACUGGAACCCUCACCACCAACCAGAUGUGCGUGACCAAGAUGUUCAUCGUCAAGAAUGUGGAGGGAGAUCAUGUUGACCUUGAUGCCUUCGAUAUUUCUGGCUCCAAGUACACCCCUGAGGGCGAGGUUUCCCAGGGAGGUUCUAAGACCAACUGCAGCGCAUUUGACGGACUUGUGGAGCUGGCUACCAUUUGUGCUCUGUGCAACGAUUCCUCUCUGGACUACAACGAGUCCAAGAAGAUCUAUGAGAAGGUCGGUGAGGCCACUGAGACUGCUCUGUGCUGCCUGGUUGAAAAGAUGAACGUCUUCAACAGCAACGUCAAGAACCUGUCCAAAAUUGAGAGGGCCAAUGCUUGCUGUGCUGUGAUCAAGCAACUCAUGAAGAAGAACUUCACCCUGGAGUUCUCCCGUGACAGGAAAUCCAUGUCUGUCUACUGCACACCUACCAAGGGUGAUGGUGGUGCCAAGAUGUUUGUGAAGGGUGCCCCUGAGGGAGUGAUUGAUAGGUGCACAUAUGUGCGUGUUGGCACCACUCGUGUUCCCCUGACCAAUGCCAUCAAGGAGAAGAUCAUGUCCGUCAUCAGAGACUGGGGUACCGGCCGUGACACUCUGCGUUGCUUGGCCCUGGCCACCCGUGACUCCCCACUGAAGCCUGAGGAAAUGAUCCUUGAGGACUCCACCAAAUUUGCCGACUAUGAGAAUGACCUGACCUUUGUUGGCUGCGUUGGUAUGCUGGAUCCCCCUCGUAAGGAGGUCACUGGCUCCAUUGAACUGUGCAGGGCUGCCGGCAUCCGUGUUAUCAUGAUCACUGGUGACAACAAGGGAACUGCUAUUGCUAUCUGCCGUCGUAUUGGCAUCUUUGGAGAGGAUGAGGAUGUCUCUGGAAAGGCCUACACUGGACGUGAGUUUGACGACUUGCCCACCCAUGAACAGUCUGAGGCUGUCCGCAGAGCCUGCUGCUUCGCCCGUGUCGAGCCUGCCCACAAGUCCAAGAUUGUUGAGUUCCUGCAGGGUCAUGAUGACAUUACUGCCAUGACUGGUGAUGGUGUGAAUGAUGCCCCAGCCCUGAAGAAGGCUGAGAUUGGCAUCGCCAUGGGCUCUGGCACUGCCGUUGCCAAGUCUGCCUCUGAGAUGGUCCUGGCUGACGACAACUUCUCUUCCAUUGUGGCUGCUGUUGAGGAGGGUAGAGCUAUUUACAACAACAUGAAGCAGUUCAUCCGCUACCUCAUUUCCUCCAAUGUUGGUGAGGUCGUCUGUAUCUUCCUGACCGCUGCCCUUGGUCUGCCUGAGGCUCUGAUCCCCGUGCAACUGCUGUGGGUGAACCUGGUCACUGACGGUCUGCCUGCCACCGCCCUGGGCUUCAACCCUCCCGAUCUUGACAUCAUGGGCAAGCCCCCCCGUUCCCCCAAGGAGCCCCUGAUCUCUGGCUGGCUCUUCUUCAGAUACAUGGCUAUUGGUGGAUAUGUCGGUGCCGCCACUGUUGGUGGUGCUGCCUGGUGGUUCCUGUAUGACCCUACUGGCCCAAUGGUCACCUACUACCAGCUGUCUCACUUCAUGCAGUGCCACGAUGAGAACGAGGACUUCGCUGGCCUGGACUGUGAGAUCUUUGAGGCUUCUCCUCCCAUGACCAUGGCCCUGUCUGUGUUGGUCACCAUUGAGAUGUGCAACGCCCUCAACAGCUUGUCUGAGAACCAGUCUCUUGUGCGUAUGCCCCCAUGGAGCAACUUCUGGCUGCUCUCUGCCAUGACCCUCUCCAUGUCCCUGCACUUCCUGAUCAUCUAUGUUGACCCUCUGCCUAUGAUCUUCAAGCUGACCCAUCUGACAGUUGAACAGUGGAUGAUGGUCUUGAAGCUCUCCUUCCCUGUCAUCCUCAUUGAUGAGGUGCUGAAGUUCGUCGCCCGUAACUACGUUGAGUGUACAGAAGCUAAAUAAGAAGAUCUUAACGGUUGGAGAAGACAAUGCAGACACCAGACAAGAGGUCACAUCUGAAGUUGGGAGCUUAAGCGAGCCAACCUGUGGAAGAGAUGAGAGAAAUACAUAAGAAA